GAAACGGAGCCGCACAUCAGAUCCGCCUUCAGUCUGACGCCGGGCGGUUCGGUGCGCACCGCCAGGGCCGCGGGAUCAGGAAACGCGCCAUCGGGCACAAUUUUCAGGAUUAAAACCACCGAUCAUCGAACUCUGACGCAAGAAGGCGUGAGGUGGGACUCCACCUGAGCGCGGGCACCACUUUGUAUUCUCCACCCAGCUCCACUUGUUGAUACGGGCUGUAAACAUCCACACCGCGGAGCUUUUAUCUGACGCGUAAUUUGGAUGAAAGCCUGCCCGGCGGCGGAACGCAGGAAGUUUCGAGCUGCGCGGUUCCGUGACAGGUGGCGAAGAUGUCUGGUGACCGGUAACGGCAUCGGAUUACACGGGAAGCUGCUGCCAGGUGAGCAGCGGAAUGGGGAACCAGGUGGACAGGCUGUCACAUUUAAGUUACGCUGAAGUUCCCACGGUGGACCCAAACGGCCUGGACACGGACGACGGCCCGCGGAUCGGAGUCUCUUAUAUCUUUUCCAGUGACGACGACGAGCUGGAGGAUGGAUGCGCGGCGGACGGAACCGAGAAAGACCCGAAUGAGGAAGAAAAGCACUACGAUCCGCGCGACGAGGUGGAGUGCGCCGUCUACAACAGAGAGGAAUGCGUCUACGAGAAGAGCGCCAAGUGCGCAAACCUGGAGGUUUACUCUCCAGAGAACCUGCUGAACAAAUGCAAAGCAGGAGACCUGGUGGAGUUCGUGGCUUCAGGCCAGUACCCGCACUGGGCUGUGUGCGUGGGAGACUUCCAGGUGGUUCACCUGCACAGAGCCGAGGUGAAGAACAGCUUCCUGACUGACGCGAGCCAGGGGAGGAGGUGUCGGGUUGUCAACGACCUUUACAAAUUCAAAGCUCUCAGUCCGGACAUGGUGGUGCAGAAUGCCAUGGAGCAGGUGGGGCUGAAGGACCGGGAGCUGAGCUGGAGGAACUCUGAAAGCUUCGCAGCCUGGUGCAGGUUCGGCAGGAGGGAGUUCAAAAUGGGCGGGGAGAUCCGGAUUGGCAAGCAGCCCUACAGGCUGAAAAUCUACCUGUCGGACAAGCACGCGCACCUGCUGGAGUUCCAGAGCCUGGAGGACGUGAUCAUGGAGAAGAGGAGGAACGAUCACCUGGGGAGGACAGCAGUGCUGCAGGAGCUGGGCACGCAUUUCAGGGGCAUGGAGGAGAGCAAAGGUGGCGCUGAAUGAUGUCUGCUAGUUAGAUUAAAGGAGUUUUAGGACGUUUGAAAGCUUCCUGAAUGGCUUCAGUUUGGAGAAAUAGCUUUUACAUCCCAAAGAAUGAAGAAAAGUAUGUUUUAAAUAGGGUCUCUCAAGAUAACAACCAUGAGGUGCUUCACAAGAACAAAUUCAAAUAAAAAAUUGAUUAGAACAUCUUAAAAACGAGGGAAAAAAAUGAGAUAAAAAUAUAAGGGAAGAGAACAAGAAAGCAGUAUAAGUGGAUUCUGGGAAAGGUGGAAUUGGUAGAAAAAUGGUUGACAAGCGUGUGUGUUGGGUUCAUAUUAGCUAACACCACUAGGGGGCACAUUUUCCCUUUUUCAUUAAGCCUCAGUGAGCAGUAGCUGAUUACUCCAGACGCUGUGGUGUUUUAUCUACCUUCCGGGUGUUUGGUCUGACUUUAACUCACGCUUGGAAGCUAACUACACUCAGCUAGCCCUGAAACCAUACACCGCAGCAACAUAAGCUAACAACUAGCCUGGAAGCUAACUCCAAACCAAAGUGGAUAAAAAAAACUGUCUCAAUUAUUUAAAAACAUGCAGUUGUUCGUUGUUAGCAGGAAUAUUUUUGAUAUUCCUACCUGAGCCGACUCUAGAUUAACCAGAAAUGCUAACAUUUAGCUGUUGCUAAUCUACGAAUUCAAUGUAAAUGAUGAGGGUGUUCACAUGAACUGUGAGAUGAUACUCAUCUUGACUGCACUCAUGCUAACCAUCAGUCCUGAACGACCUAAAAGCUAUUUCUGCAUACUGAGGCUGUUCAGGAAGCUAUCUUUAACAGGUGAAAUAGUAUUUGUAACUUUUACACAGAAACACACUUUAAAAUGGCCGGAGAAUAUUUGUUACACUGUCCUCUUUAUUGUGUAGUGAUCCUCCUUUUGAUUUAUGAUUGACUUGAAUUUUCUGACUUGAAUUCAGAUGUGGAUCAAUCGUUUUAACGAGUUUAUAAUUUUACUGCCUUAAAACCACAAUCCUCACGAGUUCAGAAUCAGCUGUUUUUUUCCUAUUACAAUAUUUUUCUAAAUAAAAGCUUCUGCAAGUAGAAUGAA